CACAUUGCUCGGACUCCACCCAGCCUGGCCUUGAACACCUUUAGCGAUGGGGCACCCACAGCACCUUCUCUGCACAACCUGUUCGGUGCCCCUGUGCUGGCUCCAUGUCUGCUGUCUAUAUCCUCCCUGGUCCUCCGGAGCUUUUAGUAGAUUUCUGCACACUAAACCUAUGGUAAUUGCAGCCCAAACAAAUCUUAGGGAGCAAAUGAUGUCCUGGGGCAUGUGGGAGAGCAGAAACUUUCCCUUGAUGGAAAUGCAGGAGCUGUGUGUUGGCAUCUUUUUGGGAAAAGUUAUUUUUUGGCUUUCCCAGCUCAUACAAGCAUUGUGUGCUCUAUUUUUUAACAGCUUUGAGAGCAAAUGGUGCUGGCAUGGCCAUUUGCACUUGUGAGCUCUUUCUGUGAGCACUGGUGUUUAUUCUUUCCCUGCAGGUAACCAGCCAGGAGUGUGUGCUGGCCUCUGCAUAGCUCUUGAGCCUGUGCUAGGAUUUGUGUAGGUUGUUCCUUUGCUGUAGGAAAGAUGUGUCGCUGUUAGAUGCCAGACCAGCUGCCCUCUGUGCCAAGCUGCAAUCAAAAUGGCCAAGUACAGGCUCGUUCUCCUGAGACAUGGGGAAGGAGCCUGGACCAAGGAGAAUCGCUUCUGCAGCUGGGUGGACCAGAAGCUGAGCAGUGAUGGCAUAAAGGAAGCUCAGAACUGUGGCAAGCACCUCAAGGCCCUGGGCUUCGAGUUCGACCUGGUCUUCACCUCCGUGCUGAGCCGCUCCAUCCAGACUGCCUGGCUGAUCCUGCAGGAGAUGGGCCAGGAGUGGGUGCCCAUCCAGAGCUCCUGGAGGCUGAAUGAGCGUCACUACGGGGCCCUGAUCGGGCUCAACAGGGCAGAGAUGGCUCUGAACCACGGCGAGGAGCAGGUGAAGAUCUGGAGGAGGAGCUACGAUGUCACCCCGCCCCCCAUCUCUGAGUCUCACCCCUACUACGCCGAGAUCUACAAUGACCGCCGCUACAAGUGCAGUGAUGUGUCUCAGGAGAGCCUCCCCAAGGCUGAGAGCCUCAAAGAUGUGCUGGACAGACUCCUUCCCUACUGGAAUGAAAAGAUAGUGCCAGAACUGAAAAGUGGCAAAAUGAUUCUUAUCUCUGCUCAUGGCAACAGCAGCAGGGCGUUGCUGAAGCACGUGGAAGGCAUCUCCGAUGAGGACAUCAUCAACGUCACCCUCCCCACUGGUGUGCCCAUACUGCUUGAACUUGAUGAGAAUUUGCACCCUCUGGGCCCUCACCAGUUUCUGGGUGAUCAGGAAGCUAUCCAAGCUGCCAUCAAAAAAGUGGAAGAUCAAGGGAAAGUGAAAUCUGCUGAGAAGUUAAAUCCCCCUGUCUAACACAGCUGUGUUCAGUGUGUGAGGAUGUGUGAAUGACUGCUAGGUUGCACUGUGUGAAUGUCUCAAGCACUAAAUAAUUGGAAGGGACAAUUGUUGAGUCUCAGGUUGGUAGUUUACCCCUCUGCCUUUUCAAAAACUGGAAUUUAGAUUGCAGUGUGAGAGGUUUUCAAUACUGGAAAAGGAAGAGAUGAUUCAGGUAAAGGAAGCUGGCAGGGCAGCCUGUCCCAGAUCCACACUGAGGAUGGCCCAGAGGAAUAAAGGGAUAUGAUACUGGUGUCAACAACAAUCAGUCCUGGUCUGAUAAGGAGAAAAGCACCAGCUUACUGGACUAAUUUAAGUCCAGGAUGUUAUAGGCACUGAAACUGUCACUGACAAAAAUGUCACUGUUACUAACUAGGAUUUUUCUGUGUCACAGUAUCUGUGUCAGUUUGUUCUCAGUGGAUUUCUACCUUCAGCUGGACAACUCUCUGCCUUUGUUAUUUUGAGUCUUCUGUGGCCAGUUCACAGUCCAGAGACUUCUGUGGAGAUGUUCUGACUACUAGAGUUAUCAUAGUUACCUUUUUUUACACUCUAUUUGGUUUUUAAGGAAUGCAGAUAGAAUCCCUUUUCCUCCACCAUCUUUGCAAAGUCUAGCAUCACUGCAUUUUGCUGGCUUGCAGUAAUAGGAUUUGAGUCAGACUUCAGUCCACAAAAGAAGCACAAAGGUUUUCUUCUGCUCAAUUUUUAAAUUAUGUAGCUCCUAGUGAGGGUCCUGAAUACCUCUGAAACACUUUGGUAAUGUGUGCUAGAGGUUUCAUCACCCCUUAGUCAUUUGAUAAAUAAUUUCUGCUCACCUCAACCAAAGUGACAUAGGAAAACCCUCUCUAAGCUUUCCUGGUAUCUUGAUAAAUGUUUCACAGUAACACUGAAGUGGCAUUAUCUGUAUCCAGUUCUCUGAAGGGCUGGGAGAGAUGCAUGCAGCAUGUCACAAGUGUUGCAGCUUGUUCAGCCAUCCUGCUGGUAAGGAAAGCUAUUCUGCCAUGCCUGAGAGAGUUCUGUAAAGCUCUGCUCACAAUCACAGCUUGAUUCCUGCUGUUUGGCACUGGAUCUGACCAGUUCACCCUGAGGUUGGAUGCAGUGUAGCAGCAGUGGCAGCCUGGUGUUCCCUUCAUGUACACCAGCACCAGGGUAAUUCCACUUGUGAAAAGUUGCUCCUAAUCUUACCUGCAGGUAUGAAACUGAUAAAAAGUUUACAUCUGACCCACUGUGCCAACUCCUGAGCACCUGGUUCUCACCUUGAAUACCAACAUGGGUGACACCUGUGUGUGUGCUGCUUGAGCUGGAUAUGUUCUCAGCAUGGCCCAGCUACAGAUCUCAAUGUUGAUGGGAAUUUCCUUGAUAUGAAUAUAAAGUUUUAAAAUCCUGGAGGAGCCGCUGCUUUGCAGUGAGCAGCUCUGUAGCUUGCUUUGUGAGUGUGAGAGGAUGAUUUUUUCCUUUUGAAGAGAGCAGUGUGACAGUGUGGUGUGCCUCUGACAGUCUUGCUGACGUGUGGAGCAAGACUUUGCAGGUCUGAUGCCAGCUCACAUUAGAGUAGCACAUACUCCAUAAAAGACUUCGUGCUAGAGGGUAGUUUCUCAUGCAUGAAUGGUACUUGGGCUUCUCUUCAGUUUUGUUUUUGUGAAACAAAGUUACAUGUUUCUCUUUUAAACAUAAAGCUGGUAGGUUUCAUCUUUCUUUGUACAAGAGACAUAUUUCAGUGUUUAUUGGUUGUUUUGGUUUUUUUUUUCCCCUCUGAAAUGCUAUUAGCAGCUUCUCUGCUACUUGAUUUAUGAUUUGAUACUGACUUAGUUUCUGGGGUUUUAGUUUCUGUGCUUAGCAUAACUCUAACUCUUAGUUGAUAGUUCCCAAGUGAGUGUUACAGUGUUAGAUUGCUGAUCAGCAAAAGUUCACCUGUGAAAACCCUGGGAAAAGUCACUGGCACUCGAGUGAGUAAAUUCUUCCCCAAACAUUAAAUAAUGUGUGAAGCUUAAUAUUGAGUAAAUGCUACUGUAGGCUUGUAAACAGAGCCACCUGUUGCCAGUGGGAACUGGGUGCACCCAGGUGUGUGAGCACACAGGCCAUGUCCACAUCCCUUUGGCACUGUGGAAUUGUGAUGCAGAGCUGCUUCAGGAUGUGCCAUGCAGCUGCAACAUCCUGGGAAAUGAGCCCAGCUGAGCUGAGAGACAGACUCUGUCCUCCCCUGAGAAUCCAUGGUCUCCUCUGUGGGUGGAGAGGGGAAUGGAAAGGUGGGUGAGGGAAUUUAGGGAGCAUUGAUUGCAGCUGAAAUCACCCUUUGAGUCGUGGCCAGGGUGAGGAGAGCAGCAGUGUGGUGUUUGCAGGGGGUGCUGUUCUGCUCGUGACAGUGCUCUGGGAAGUUUGGCUUUGUUUGCUUGGACUGUGGCUCCACAGUGAUGACAGGAUCUUAUGUGCACAUCUGGCAGCAAUAACACCUUGCAAAAGUAUCAAAUGGAACCGACUGGGGAUUUCAUUCUGCUCUUCAGGAUUAUUUUAAUGCCUUGCAAUUCCAAGUAACCUUUUAUUUAAAAUCCUGGUUCAUAAGCCAUGCCUAGUCAAGAACAGACAAGUUCCAAGGUGUCAGACACCAAGAUCUUCAGGCAUAGCUACAUCAGAGGGAGAAAUGAGAAUCUUGCUGUAGAGAUCAGUGGUUGGGAAGUAUUUUUCCCCUCUGUUUGUGUGCCUCACAGUCCUAUAAGGUAAAUGGUGUUUUUAACAUAAUGGAUGUGGUUGAUUUGGUUUGUUUAUGCAUUUUUAACGUGUGGUUCAGUAGCAGUAAUAGCUCUAGAUCCUCUUGAAAACCUUUGUAAAUAUGGUGGAGCUGGCAGGUUCUUUUUAACUCAAUAAAUUCACCUCAAAUAGAAUUUAA